AUGAGCGAACAGCUUCGUAGCAUUAUUACUCCAGCAGUAAUUCGAGAUGUGCGAGACUUUUGGUUUGAGCAUAUCCCUGAUAGCCAUGAGCUGUUCGUCCCCGGCGCUGCCGCGAAUCAGAGGUGGUACUUUGGUGGCGAAGCAGUCGACAAGAUAUGCGUUGCAAAAUAUGGUACCACGCUACAGGCCCUGAAACAAGCUAAUGUUGUUUCGGGUCAAGACGUUUUGGACGCAGUUCGCCCGGAGAAGCCUUUGGAUUGGCUCGGUCUUAUCUUGCUGCUGGACCAAAUGCCUCGCAACUGCUACAGAGGAGCUUCCUCUGCUGUGGUGUUCGAAUACUUUGAUAAGCUGGCUGUCGCUGUCGCCCAGGCUGCUGUCAAAGCCGGUAUCCCCGAAAGAUCUCCUGAGAUCCGGUGGCAGUCGGCAUAUAGAUCUUUUUUCUACCUACCACUGCAGCAUUCGGAAGAUCGGUUGAUUCAUGAUGAGGCAAUUAGACAAUGCAGGCUCAUGGGUGAAGAUCUCAACAGCCUUGCUGCUCAACAAGAAGCACCAACCCCCGAAGAGGACGACGGCUUUAAGCUGCAAGCAUGGCAAGCCGUUCACAAAGAUGUGGAUGCCGCAAAGGCACUUGCCGUCAAUCAAAUGGACUUUCAGACUCGACACACUGCGCUGAUUGACAAGUUUGGCCGGUAUCCUCACAGAAAUGAAGCGUUAGGUCGAGAAAACACUGCGGCCGAGACGGAGCACUUUGCCAGUGGUGGAGAUGCGUUUGGUGGAAAGUAG